CCACCUUUCCUUUCCCCAACCAUGAUGCUCCCGCUGAUGCUCGCCAUCGCCGGCGCGCCCGAGCUGAAGGAGAGCGUCGGCUGCGGCACCGGCAUGUACGUCUACAACCCGGGUUGCGGCAUGGAAUCGCCGGUCGAGGGCAUCUUCGGCGACCCGCAGGCGGGCUGCGAGCAGUGCAUGCGCAUCCUGGUGAAGGAAGGCAACUUCGAGGGCUGCGAGGAGAAGGUGACGUGCGAGCAGGAAGGAGGCGGCUUCCUCUUCGGCGGCGGCAGCAAGGUCAUCUUCAUGAAGGCGCUGGCUGCGCCGUCGCCGCCGCCGCUGCCGCCCACGCCGCCGACGAUGCCUCCGCCCGAGGAGGAUCUGUGGGACGAGUACUGCCCUGACGACAUGGAGAAGGAUGAGUGCAAGCAGAAAGCAGCCAUCGCAGGCGGCGCCGCCACCGUCUGUGUCCUCGCGAUUGUUGUUGUUGGCGCCUCCAAGAAAGGCGGAUCUGUGCCGCAGCUCUGAGAGCGGCAAAGGCGCCGGUCUCGCCUCCUCUCUGGUAUAAGCCACCGCGCGGAUGCGCGGCCGGGAACGGGAGUCUACGCUGUGGCUGACUUCCACUCUCUGGGCUCCCGACUUCCAAUAGAAGGGAGAGAAAGCGCGGAGCGCGGAGGAGCGAGAAAAAGAGAUGCGGGGGGACGGCGACAUGGAGUGCGAGUAGGAGGUGGCUUCGAGAGGUGGCUCCUGGCAGGUGCUCGGUUUCAGGUUGUGUCAUGUGUGCCGUAGGAGGUCUCAUCAGGUCGAGGCAGAGUGUCAGCAAUUUUUGGUGACACUAAAUUAAUUAAUAAA